AUGCCUGGGGAAGCAAAGCUUGGAAAACUUAGCUCGUUCAGGUGGCCGCACACCCUUGCAGUGUUUGGGCGCAAGAACCGCGGCCCCGGCUCUGCCGCCUCAGGGCCAGGCGGAGUUGGGAGGGGUCGGACCCGGCCCCAAGCGGCCGUCGCGGCCCGGCUCUCCCGGUCCCGCCCGGAGGUGGCCUGGAGAACUGCGGGCGAGCAGGCGAGAGGUGCCGGGCGGUUGGCGAGCCCCGGCCCCCGAGCCCGGCGAGCCGUGGCGCCCGCCGCCUCACUCCUUGCCCCGCGCGCAGGCCUCGGAGCCGCGGUGAGGAGGUUGUGUCCCUGGAGCUGGCUGCUGCUGCCCACCCUCUGCCUGCUGCCCACCCCCGCAGCUCCGGGGCGCUGCGCUCCCGUCCCAGCGCGCUGCGAGCUCAAGCCCCAGCAAAGUGAAUUGAAUUCGUUCAUGUGGACCAUAAAGAGAGACCCACCAUCUUACUUCUUUGGCACAAUCCGUGUCCCGUACACACGGGUUUGGGACUUCAUCCCAGACAGCUCCAAGGAGGCUUUUCAGCAGAGCAGCAUCGUGUACUUCGAGCUGGACCUCACGGACCCCUAUACUAUCUCAGCCCUCACUAGCUGUCAAAUGCUGCCACAGGGCAAGAACCUCCAGGAUGUGCUCCCCAGGGACAUCUACUGCCGCCUCAAGCACCACCUAGAGUACGUCAAGGUCAUGAUGCCCUCGUGGAUGGCCCCUGACCAGCACGGUAAGGCAAUUGCGGGGAACUGGGAACGCAAGAGGCCCAUCUGGGUCAUGCUCACGGUCAACUCCCUGACUGAAGUGGAUAAGUCCCGUGGGGUGCCUGUGUUAGACCUGUACCUUGCCCAGGAGGCUGAGUGGCUCAGGAAACAAACCGGGGUGGUAGAAGAGAUAGAAGAGCAGUGCCAUCCAUUGAAUGGGCUGAACUUUUCACAGGUCAUCUUUGCUUUGAACCAGACCCUCCUGCAGCAGGAGAGCCUGCGAGCAGGCAGCCUUCACGUCCCCUACACGACCGAGGACCUCAUCAAACAGUAUAACUGCGGGGACCUCAGCUCUGUCAUCUUCAGGCACGACAGCUCCCAGGUUCCCAAUUUCACUAAUGCCACGCUGCCACCUCAGGAACGCAUCACAGCUCAGGAGAUUGACAGCUACUUCCGCCAGGAGCUUAUUAACAAGUGGAACGAGAAGAUGGGGAAGCGGGUGAAGGCACUUUUGGAGGAGUUCCCCGACAAAGGCUUUUUCUUUGCCUUUGGAGCUGGUCAUUUCAUGGGCAACAACAACACAGUGCUCGAGGUUUUGCGGUGCGAAGGCUAUGAGGUAGAACACGUCCCUGCUGGACGACCCAUCAACAAAGAGAGGAGUAAAAGCCCCUCAUCGCCGCCCAUCUCCCCUGCCAUCUUUGCUCCGGAAGUACCUGCCCUGGAAGCAUCGGUACCGGAAACUGUGUCUGCGGUGCACUCACUGUUGCCGCCCCACGUGUCCCUGCCUGGAAGUACCAACCUGCUAGGCCAGGCAAAGAGGAAGUUCCGGAAGAAGCGGAGGCGACCCCAGCGGAGGCAGCAGCUCCGGCAGUUCCGGGACGUGUGGGUCGGACUGGAGGAGAGUGCUGUGGUGCCACAACUCCGGGUCCCUGAUCUGGACAGGCACAUCUCUGCUGAGCUGCAGUCCCCUCAGCCUGGACUCUCCCACCGCCGCCAGAUGGUGGCCAGCAGUGCCUCCUGGUCUCUCUGGACUCCUGUGUUUUGGGUGUUGGUUCUGGCUUUCCAAACAGAGACACCCCUCCUGCAAUGAUUGGAGGAGCCAGGCUAAGACCCUGACCCCUUGGACUGAAGGAUGACCUUUCCUGUCCUCCAUGCUCUGGUCUAGCCUUGACAGGCCCAACCCAGAAGAUGUUCAGAAUCAAAGUCAAUGUCGAUUCUUCUCUUUCCAAGGAAUGACUUUUGGUUAUCCAACAAUGCUUGGAGUAGUGUACAGUUUGUAACAUAGUGAGCUGUAUGAAAAGAAUUAAUCAUAAAUGAAUUCUGUGAAAAUAAUUAAAUACCAGUUUUUGUGUGUAGACUUUUCCCCACAAUGUGUGUAUGUCAGAGAAACAACUCCUUGCUCACAGCCUCUGACACUAUCACUGCUUCACUCCUGGGCCUACUCCUGGACCUGCCUGCAACUUUGGAUGCUGCCCCACCUUUCUGUCCUCCUGCUGCUCUUCUGUCCAUUUGCUCCUGGUUCUGGAUGCAGGGGAGUUCGUAGGCCAUGGGGCCUUAGCUCCUCUCCUCUCUGUUCAUGGUCUGGUGAGUAGGGUGCUUCCUGUAUGCUGACAGGUGCUUUCAUUAUGAGUAAUAUGUGGCUGUGUCACUGAUGUGCUUGUCAGGUGUGAUGCCAGAGAGUGGUUUUCAUAUGCUCCCCUCUUGCCUAUUUGUUUACUUAUUUAUUAUAUGUGUGUGUCUUUUCCAAAGAAAUCUUACGGGAAAUCUUUAUAUAAAAUGAGUAAGGGUAGAACUGCCUCAGUUUAGUCUGAAAUGGGAACUUCUAGUCCUGCCAAGUU